GAACGGUAUCUUUUUUAAUUACCUACCGAAUGCCGCAGUUUAUUCGCCCCCUUGUUCCCAUCAAAUAACUUAAAAAUUCAGGCAAAAAUUCAUCUAAAUACAACUAAUUAUCAUUGAACCAAGCUUCAAAAUAAAAAUAACCAAAAAUUUGCGUGAACGUUCAGUGGACCAAGCAUUUCGUGCACGCUCGACAACGGCCGCCAUAUCGUAGAAUUGAUUGGUCGUCUACAUUUGCCAUUGGACGGCCUGCGGGACGGCCAUUUAUCUAGACGCGGUUAUAUGACAUGUUGGAUAUGUCGACCGAAGGUGAUUCCGUUAAAAGUGCUUUGUCAGAGGCCAAUGAAAAACAUGCCACUGACAACCACACAGACGAUUCGUCCCAAGAUUCUGAGGACAUUAAAGAAGGAGAACAAGUUGACAAACUAGCCGAAAACAAUGUAGAUGGCGAAAAAAAUGAUAAGUCAAAGGGGGAGAGUACUGAAGGGACUGAAGGCGAGUCGGACCAGGAGUCUGAAACUUCUGAAAAGAAAGAGGACGUAGAUGGUGCUAAAAAUGAGGAUGAUGAAAAACCUGAAGAUAAAGAGAAAAAAUCUGAAGGUGACAAAGCCUCAGAUAAAACUAAAAAAGAAGAAAAAGAUGAAAAAUCUGAGGAUGAUGAGGGAGAACAAGAAGAUCAAAAAGUAGAAUCUGACAAACCAGCCAAGGAUUCCAAAAAUGCUAAAGAUUCUAAGCCAAAAGAAGAAAAAGCUAGUACAGCCAGCGAAAAGGACGAGGAAGAGGACGAAGAGGACCAGGAACCUGAAGACGAAGAGGAUGAAGCAUCCAAUAAGAAAGACGAAAAGAAAAGCAAGAAAAAAGGUGUUCCAUUAUUAGACCAGCCGCUUGAGACUUCUGGUAAAAGGGAACGCAAAAACGUACAAAAAUUCGAUGAGGAAGAUAACAAAAAAGAACCUCAAAAAAUUGAGUUCGAAGAAGGCGCUGGGACACCCUUGGGUGAAAUUCCCAGAGUUGAAGCAUCUAUCAAUCGCUACAAAUCAGAUGAGCUCAAAUUCUUGCACAAGUUGUUGUUCAAAGGACAAGCCACCAAGGCCAUGUUUAAGAAGAACAUUAGAAAGUUUAAUGGAUUUUCUUUUGAAAAAGAUUCUGAUGAAUACAAGAAGAAAAUUGAUGUUCUUAAAAAAUCAGAGGUCAAAGUUCUUAAAACAACAUGCGAAAUAUUGGACCUGCAGAAAACAGGAAACAGAGACGAAAUCAGCGAGAGGGUAAUGGAAUUCCUAAUGGAACCUAAGGAUUCUGGCAAACCUGUUGGUGGUACUGGCAGACCAAAACGUGCUUCAGCAGUGAGGGCAAAUAACAGAGGUUUAAUACAAACUUUAUCUGUAGGGUAUUCGUCGCACGAUGAUUACUCCAGUGACGAUAAGCAGGCCUCAAGGUCUAGGCGCGAUAAAGUAGGUAAACGUGCUAACCUAAAAGAAGACAGCUCGAGUGACGAAGAAUUCAAACCGGGCGACGCAUCCGACGCCAGCGACGAAAAACCGCGCGCUGUAGGCAAACGCAAGAGGGGUCGCCCAAAGAAGGGUUCCUCCGAAGAAGAAGAGCUGGCCUCGUCUUUGAGCGGUGGAUCAUCCGACGAAAGCGACGACGCGCCCAAAUCGAAACGCAGGAAAUCGGUGACGAAAAACAGCAAAGCCAAACCGAAGACUCCGUCGCGUAGAGGGCGACCGGCUAAGGCUGCUCCGCCUCGCAGCGCGGCUAAAAGAGGACGCAAACCCAAAAAUGUUUCUUCCGAGGAUGAAGAGGAGGAUGAGAAAAUGGAAGAGGGUAGUUCGUCAGAGGAUGAACCUUUAGUUAAGAAGAAGGCUAAGGCUAGUGAGCCUCCCACUGAUGAUGAAAUAAAAGAUUUUAUUAAAAGCGUAUUGGAAGGAGCUAAUUUGGAAGAAAUCACCAUGAAGACUGUUUGUCAGCGAGUGUACGACAACUAUCCCAAGUUUGACCUUACCGCUAGAAAAAACUUUAUAAAAUCAACUGUGAGAUCACUUAUAUCAACGUGAACUAACAAAUACCUAGCCGUUUAAGUGUAAUAUUUGUUGAUCAACGUCAUCACUUGCAUAAUUUAGUACAAAAUUCAUAUUUUGUCUCAAUAAAUAUUUUUUGGUUACUUAAAACCCCAUUUUUAAUACACACAUUUAAAGUUAGUGCAUUAUUACUAUGUAUUUGUAAAAAUUACUUAUGUAGGUUAAUCCAAAAUAUGUUUAAUGUUAUUCACAGAGUCAUUAAUUUUUUUUAUUUUAAGAGGUUUUUCAAUGUAACGUAAUUCUUGAGUGUAAAUCUUUAAUAAUCUAGCACAUUGUUUUAAUAUUAUAGUUGUUGCUUUGGCAAUUUAUAUUAUAUAUAUUAUUUUAUAAUUGUUUAUUUCUUUUGUUAAUUCAAAAGACUUAAUAUUGAUAAGCCUAAUCUAUUUGGGAAAAGUUCAUUUAUUGAAAAGUAUUCUUCGAAAAAAUCUGGCGAUGCCAUUAAUCUACUAGAACUGGGAUGUUCUUUUUUACAUUUUUAAUGACGGUUCAUCCAUUAAAAGAAGCGUAAUAAAUAGUGAAAUAAUAUGACACUUACAUUAUUAUAAUGACACUAUAAUUGCUUCGAUUUUAUUAAAAAGGAAUAAUAUUAAGAACUCAGUGAAGAAAAUUGCGGAUAUUCCACUAUGUAAACAAGAAUCAUCCUCACUUUAGAUUUGGACUUCACCAAAAAUUAUUACAAGUAUGUAUAGUGUAUAUUAACUGUGUUAGAUUUUAAAGAUUGAUCAAUAUUUGCCCAUGUAACAAUAAUUGUAAUUUUUUUAAAAGAAAUUUCGACUAAAAAAGCACACAAAAAAAAAUUUACAAAGUCUAUUUUUACUAUUUCUGAUUAAAAAAAAAAAAAUUAGAGUUUCCUAAUUUUUGGUUUUUUUUUACGGAAUUUCCUGUUAGCUUAAUACAUAAUUAAGUAAAAAUAGAGCUUGGGUGUCUCAAAAAAAAAACUUCUAUGCGUUGUAGUCUUAGACUCGCUGUAACAAUUGUAUUGGUUCCAAAAUACAAUUUUUAUCAAGUAAACAA